AUGACCAAGGACUUUGGGAUGGAUGAUGCGUCAUUUUACGCCGGCAUCUUGAUAGCCUCCUAUUCCAUAUCCGAGGCCGCCUUUAGCAUGUUCUGGGGUGGUCUGUCUGAUCGCAUUGGACGUAAGCCCAUUCUCCUCUUUGGCUGCUUUGGAACAAUGCUGUCCCUGUUGAUGGUUGGAUUUUCCACAAGCUUCACCAUGGCUCUGAUAGCCAGGGUGAUUGGAGGUGCACUAAAUGGCAACAUCGGUGUCAUCCAAACCAUGGUAGGCGAAUUGGUCAAGAAUCCAGAUCAUGAGCCGAAAGCAUACGCAGUCAUGCCCUUCGUUUGGUCAAUCGGUACAAUCAUUGGGCCAGCGAUUGGUGGUAUGCUUGCCAACCCCGUCAAGUCAUAUCCUGAUUUCUUUUCUCGUCACGGGCUCUUCGCCUCAUAUCCUUUCCUACUACCAAACCUUGUCUGUGCUGCCCUUAUGCUUGUGUCCAUCAUUGCAGGCGCACUUCUCCUCCAAGAAACCCAUCCAGAUCUUUGUCAAGGGGCUGACCCCAAUGUCUACCACGACAUUACUGAACAAACACCCAUGAUAGUUGCCGCGGGCGCCAAUGCCGAUCCCGGUAUCGAUUUGAGACAAGACUCAUAUGGCACGUUUAAUGAGGUUGACCUACAAAGACAUGAUCAAUGGCAGAUUCUUGCCGAUGGGAGUUCGAGACCUCCAUCCCUCUCCGAGAAGACAUCCGAAAAAUGGCUAACCAAGAAGAUUGUCAUGUUGACGGUUUCUCUGGGCCUCUUCACAUGUCACUCGAUGUGCUAUGACCAUCUUCUUCCCAUCUUCUUCCAAGACAAAUCUGUGGAUGACAUCUCUAUCCUUGCCUCUAGCCCAGUCGAUAUUCCUGGCGGGUUAGGUCUGGGAAUCCAGACUGUGGGCAUCAUCAUGGCUGUCAACGGGUUCAUUGCGCUUUUUGUGCAAGCUAUCAUCUUCCCUCUUGCCGCCGACUGGUUUGGCAUCUGGCGGCUAUUCGUCUGGACCAUCAUCCUCCAUCCAGUCGCUUAUUUCAUUGUGCCGUACUUGGCUAUUUUGCCACAGAAUCUGCUCUUUCCAGGCAUAUACUUCUGCUUAACAGUGCGAAAUAUGCUUUCAAUUCUUUUGUAUCCCGUUCUUCUGAUUUUGAUCAAGCAAGCAAGUCCUUCUGAUUCUUGUCUUGGUCGCAUUAACGGACUCGCAGCUUCAGCCGGCGCGGCUUGCAGAACGAUCGCACCUCCGGUUGCGGGACUGUUGUACGGAUGGGGGACCAAGAUUGGUUUUACAGGCCUUGCGUGGUGGGGAGCUGGUGCGCUUGCACUUGUGGGAGUUGUUCAGCUGUGGUUUGUGCCUCGAGACAGGCACGAGAGCACUGUCGUCAAGUCCAUGUUCCCCUGUCUCGAGAGCUCAGCCCAGCAGCAACCAAGAAACGUGGUGGAAAUUACAGUCACGGACACAGAAGAACUCAUCUAA